CCUUUCUCUCUCUAUAUCUCUCUCUCCAAGGGAGUUCAGAGUUGGAGCCUGGAGGAGUGCUCUCUCUCUCUCUUUCUCUCUCUUUGUGUUGGAAAAAAGAUACCAAAAGUGGCUGCGAUAAGAGGGAUGGGGAGUUCUGGGGAGUCUAGCGCUAAAUCCAUUGAUGCAUCGGCUGGUGGGUUGGUCUGGGUCCGCCGGAGAAACGGUUCGUGGUGGCCAGGUCGGAUUUUGGGGCUGGAAGAGUUGCCGGAAAACAGUACGAUUUCUCCAAGAUCAGGGACUCCAGUUAAGCUCCUUGGAAGAGAGGAUUCAAGUGUGGACUGGUAUAAUCUUGAAAAGUCUAAGCGAGUGAAAGCUUUUCGUUGUGGGGAGUAUGAUGAAUGUAUUGAGAAAGCCAAGGCUGCAGCAGCUAACGCUUCUAAGAAGGUUGUGAAAUAUGCCCGCAGAGAAGAUGCUAUUCUUCAGGCACUUGAGAUUGAAAGUGCUUGUCUUGGAAAAGAUCAUCCCAAUUCUUUUUCAAGAUUAGAUGAGCAAGAUGGAGUGCAGCAUCUUGUUGAGGAGUUACCUAAUUCACCGCAUCAUCAUGAAAAAGGUGCAAAUAUGGAUGAAGAUUGUAGUAGUUCCGAGGACAAUUCAAGUUCAGCACCAGCAUUAUCUCGAUCUGGUGUAUCCUUUGAGGAGACAAAUAGUAUUAGUGCUUCUAAAGAGCAAUCCGUGCAAGGUAGGAGGAGGCGAACCCCGAAUGAUUCAGAGGACGAUGUCACUGAAGGAGCUAAACGAAUGCGAGGACUUGAUGACUUAGGGAUGCAGGUGGUGCAGUCACUGAAAAGAAAGAGAUCUCAGGUGGCACAUGUUCACGAAUUUCUGAAGAAGAAAAGCCGCCGUCGUACUUUGAUGAAAGUUUUGGAGAGUACUGCCUUGGUUUCUGUUCCUGUUGUUUGUGAAGGAAUUCCCAGUCCAACUGGAUCAGGUUUUGCUGGAACCUUGCAUAACAAUACAUCAGACAAUGGAGGAAUUGUAUGUGAAAAUGGAACACUCAAGGCAUCUGGGCAUACUUGUGGAUCUCCCCUUGUUAAAUGCAAGCAGGAGAAUGACAUUCAGAGCAUUCCAGAGUUGCCCGAGGAUGGUUCUUUAGACUCAUUAUUCGAUGUUCCAUUUGUGACAGAAGAAAAACAUUCUGGAGGCUUGUCCCCAAUUGUAUCUAUUGCAUCUCAGAAAGCUCAGCCCGGUGCUGGAGCACAAUCUAGUCAAAGCAGCCAAGUUGAAACCACGUCAUUAGGGAAUGAUGAGCUUAACGAGUCAGGUACAAGUUCAGGUAAUCCAGAAAUUCAUGAUAUUUGCCAGAGAAUGGAGAAGGGGACUUCGGAGUGGCAGUCAAAAGGAAAGAGGAACUCCAGGCACACGGGUAAAGGCAAGAAGCAAGAUCCCGGAAAAAUGAUUAACCUGGAUGAUGAAUUCAACGCACAGUUGGCAGAAUACCCUACGUAUCGCAAGUCAAAACCAGUCACAGAAUUUCAUGUAGAAAAGUUCCAAGGAUGGAGCAGAAAUAGUUCCCACAGAGAACCUCACGCAAAGGGGCCAGCAGCCGAGUUGCUGGUUCCACAGAGGUUACUGCCAUACCGUCAGUCCCGUUUUGUAGUUAACCCAAAGUACGACUCGUCAGCUUUCUCUCUCAGGCACCAUGUAGCAGAUUCUUCACUGUUUGAUGUUAACCUGGAGGUGAAAUCCAGCUAUCGCCCGCAACAUGUUCCAUACAUUUCAUUAAUGAGCAAAUUGAAUGGCCAACCCAUCAUAGGCCACCCGCUUACAGUUGAUGUAUUAGAAGAUGGCUUCUGUGAUCAACUGCUAGCAAGUGCAUCUGAAGUUUAUAGCAGCAGCUUUGAUUUGGACGAUGACAUAGGCGAGAAUACUUCUGCUUUGCAAGGUGUUAGUACGGUUCAUGAUACCAGGCCAGGCUCGGGUGGUAGAGUUCCUCCUAAACAUUCCAAAUCGCACCAUGGCUCAGCCUCCAAGUCAUCAAAAUCAAAGAAAAACGGUCUAUUCUCCAAGAAGACUCGAACGUUGUCUUCAUUAACUGGCUCCCACAAGCAAAGUCAAGACAAGAAACUGUCGGUACAAAAGCUUAAAGGCCCUGCCGUGGCCUGUGUUCCUUUGAAAGUAGUUUUCAGCAGAAUCAGCGAAGCAUUGAAUAGUCCAAUGAGGGCUACCCACCGAGUAAUUGGAACCAGCGUCAUGUGAAUCCUCUCUCUCCCGGAUUGGCUGGCCCGAGCAUCGGGAUUUGGUUCAUAGAAAAAUUUAUUUGUCUAGACAGACUUAAACCUCUGUUGAAAUCAGGGGUAUCAUCUCUUUGUGCUGGUGCCUCGUUCAUCGGCUGCUUUAGCUCUCUGUACAUAAACCAUGUAACAUUAGUUGAGGUGUAAAGAAUGGUGAUCCAAAUGGUUAGGUUUUGGUGAUUUUUCAUAGCUGCUGAUCAAAUUGUUAUAGGUUGAUAACUCAGUUUUUAGCUCAUGCUGCUGAUACAGAUGGAACUGGCAAUGCAAUUAUUUGCUUUUCUCUAUAAUUAUUCCUGUAUCAGUUUUAUUAAAA